UUGCUAAAGAUGUCUGUUCCAAGCCGGUGCUGUCCUAUUAUUAACCCUCCUCCACCAGAAUAUAUUAAUGACAAAAAUAGUGGUUGUCAAACAAACCAGCUUCAGUAUUUACAGAGGGUGGUCAUGAAAGCCAUGUGGAGGCACAACUUUUCCUGGCCAUUUCUCCAGCCUGUAGACGCAGCAGCACUGAAUCUUCCUGAUUAUUACAGUAUUAUAAAGAAACCUAUGGACUUGGGCACCAUUAAAAAGCGCCUGGAACACAAUUACUACACAAAAGCAGCUGAAUGCAUUGAAGACUUUAAAACUAUGUUCUUGAACUGCUACAUAUAUAACAAGCCAGGUGAUGAUGUUGUAUUUAUGGCCCAAGAACUAGAAAAAGUGUUUAUGCAGAAAAUAGCCCAAAUGCCACCAGAAGAAAGACUAGUGAUCCUCAACAGAGGAAAGCGAAAAGGAAAGAAGCCAGAAGAAACACAGCAGCCCAACCCUGGGACUUCAAAUGCACAAAGCACAGUGCAGGAACAAGCUGAAAGCAGUAAGCAGCCUCCAGUGAAGACUCAAGAGCUGCAGCAGGUUACACUAGCUCCUUUGUCUGCAGCUCAGCUAGCUGCUUUAAUGCCAGCUGCAGUCCCUAUAACAAAAGCAAAAAAAGGUGUGAAAAGGAAGGCUGACACUACAACUCCUACUACUUCAACAUUCAUAGCAAGUGGUGAAUCUUCUGCAACACUUAAUGAAAAGAAAGCUGUUAAAACACGCGGAGGUGAAAAUGAAUGUAUGAUACAGAAAAAGCUUUUGAAGAGAUACUUGCCAGAUUCUCAACAGUCACCUGAAAUUCUUAAAAAGAUUAAGCUGUCAGAACAACUAAAACACUGUAAUGAAAUACUUAAACAAAUGUUUUCAAAGAAACAUGCAGCAUAUUCAUGGCCUUUCUUGAAACCUGUAAAUGUUGCAUCUUUCUCACUUGGUGAGAACCAAGGGAUCACCAAAUGUCCUACAGACCUAGGAACCAUUAAAAAGAAACUGGAUAAUUUUGAAUACAGCGAUAUACAAGAAUUUGCUACAGAUGUUAGAUUAAUGUUCAUGAGCUGCUACAAACAUAAUUCUCCAGACCAUGAAAUAGUUGCUAUGGCAAGAAAACUUCAGGAUGUUUUCGAGAUGCACUUUGCCAAAAUCCCUGAUGAACUUGUUGCAAGUGCUCCUCUGUCACAGCCUACAAGAGAAAUGACAGAAGCUUAUUCCAGUGAGAGCAGUAAUGAUGACUCUACAGAAGAAAAAUCAUUUGAAGAGUCUGAACAGGAAAGAACAGUGCACCUUGGAAAGCUGCAGGAGCAACUUAAAGCUGUUAAUCAGCAGUUGCGGGCUUUGACCAAAGCAUACUUACCUAGACCGAAAAAGAAAAAAGGGAAGGAUAAAAAGGAGAAAAGUAAGAACAAGGAAGAAGCUAAAAUAAAAAGCCUGACUGAAAAGAAGAAAAAUCUAAAGUACAAGAAGAAAUCUAAGAAAAAGCUGUCUUUAAACAUUCAAUCAAAGAAAACCAUGCAGCAGGUCUUGUUGGCACGUAAGUCAGAAGAUGAAGAUGGUGCCAAGCCUAUGAAUUAUGAUGAAAAAAGACAGUUGAGUUUGGACAUAAAUAAACUCCCUGGAGAUAAGCUUCGGAAAGUAGUCCAUAUAAUACAGUCAAGAGAACCUUCACUGAGUAAUUCUGACCCUGAUGAGAUAGAAAUAGACUUUGAAACUUUAAAGGAUUCAACACUCAGAGAACUAGAGAAAUAUGUAGCAACCUGUUUGAGGAAAAGACCAAGAAAACAGCAGGCUAAAAAAACAACGAAGCCAAAAGAACAACUUGAUUCUGAAAGGAAACAAGAGCUAGAGAAGAGACUACUGGAUGUCAAUGGUCAACUAAACCUAAAGAAGGAGAACGUAAAGUUUGAAAACAGUGCUGAGCCCAGUAUUGGACCAAGCAGACUGAGCGAUAGCAGCAACUCCUCAGACUCUGGCAGCAGUACUAGCAGUGAUUCUAGCUCCUCAGAUAGCAGCGACUGUGAAUCGGAAACCUACUCAAAACAGACUGGAGCCAGGCAGAACUGUCCAACUUCUGUGGAAAAGCCUAAGAGAGUACCACCGUGUCUACAGAGGACAACCUCCAAUGCUGUUCUGCAAGCACAGCCCCCAUCUCUUACUAGUAGCUUGCAAAUUUGUGGAUCAUCUGAACUGCAGCAGCCACCUGCCGAUGUACUGCAGGGGCUUCAGCCUUUACAGAAUAAAUCACUUAAACCAUCAGAACAAAAUGCCCAGUAUCCCCCAGGUGUAUCUGCUCUGCAUGAUGCUCCACACCAGCACACCCCUCAGAGUGCUCCAAGGACAGAUCAGUCUUCUGUCACCCAGUGCACACGUGCUCUCCCAGAGGUAUCCAACACAACUUCCCAGGUUGACAAUGCUGAUUGGAAUAAACAAGCUGAGAAAACAAUACAUCUAGACAAAUCUAAUAAACUUCAAGCCAGUGAGAUAACUGAUGAUUCAAUAUCCAUAAGUCAAGAACAAAGUUAUUGUAUACCUAAUGGUAAAAACACGCUAGAGCCAAAAUCCAAAAUUAUUCCAAGCAAGGAUACAGGAUUUAAGAAUACAGAUUCCUGGGUAAGCUUAUGUAAAACAAUGAUGCUUCCAGCGCCAAUAAAAGCAUCUGCUGACAGCUUCAAAGAAUUCAGGAAAGCAGCAUUAAAGAGGAAGAGUGAGCAAGCGCAGGAGUUAAAAAGGGCUCUGGUACAAGCUAGGAUGGAACCACAAAACCAUCCGCAAAAACCAGACAGGGGCCAUGAAUAUACAGGAUUGGGUGCCACAGCAGUGACAGACCGUGAGUCUCAAAAAGAAGAGCGUAAGAGUGAACAACUGCCCAAAGCUCAACAACAUACUCUUGUUCAAGACCGUAACUUGGCUAGAAAAAUGGAACAAGAGCGCAGGAGGAGAGAAGCAAUGUCCUGUGUAAUUGAUCUCUAUCUACAGAGAGAUAUUAUGGAAGCUUUUGAAGAAUAUCUUGAAAGCUGUAGUUAA